UCCAGUGCCGCUAGUUGGCUGAAAGGCGGCUAGCGGAGGGCUGGCUACUGUGGAGGUAGCGGUCCCAGGCAACGAGGCCAACCCGCACCGGGGACAGCUGAAAAACUGCCCAGGGAAAUACCUCACAACAGCGCUGGUCGAGACAUGAGCUGGAGCGUGGUGGACGUUGAAGUAAACCAGGAGUACAUGUGAUCCGAAUAUGGAUGACUGAAACGGCGGGUUAGACGGGCGGUAGCAGACAUUUUAGUAGCGACUACCCUACCCGGAAAUGAGUGGUGCAGCUUUGUGCAUGGUCGUUCUGCUGUUGCUGGCCCUGCAACAAACAUGUUCAGCCCACCAAGUGUUUUUAUAUGCACGCAUUGGCCAGUCCAUCACCCUCCCCUACAGUGGAGAGCCCAAUAAGGUUGUGGAAUGGUAUUUUAAACAGCCUGCAUUCCCUGAUUGGCUGCUUGUGGCCAAACUCCACAAUGGAUCCAUUUCCCCAGGACCUGACUUCCAGGGACGGGUGGAGUCCUUCUGUGAGGAGCAGCCAGGAAACUACAGCCUGGUCCUCAGUCCUGUGGUGUAUGAUGACCUAGGCAUUUACGAAUGCCGGGACAAGGAUGGGUCCAUUCUUUCAGAUGUGAAGCUACAAAUUUCUGUCCCACCAAGUGUUUCCAUAGUGGUGGGAAUGCCUGCCAGUCUUCCUUGCUAUGGGGGCAUUAGUAAACAAGCGCGUGCUGUUGAUCUGGAUAUCCUCUGGAAAAGAGAUGGAAAGGUGGUUUACCAUCUCUAUAACAACGUCACCUAUGGGUCCGGGAUCAAGAGCAGAGCUUCAGUUUCCCCAGAACAGGCUCUCCAUGGAAACAUGUCUCUAUCCAUCAAACAGACACGCUUUUCAGAUCAAGGUGACUACCAGUGCUCCUACAGCAGUCCAAAAGAGAGAGGGACCCCAGAUUCAACCACGCUCCAUGUUACAGGCCACCCACCCCAGAACCGCACAGUGAAGGCUGGUGAAGAGCUCUCCAUACGGCUCCGUACCACAGACCCAGUGAGGGUAACAUUCACAGGCCCUGGUCUGGACGAGGUGCUGAUGGUCGACCCAAAAGAAGGCCCAGUCACAUAUGGGGAGCACUGUGGUCAGAGAUGUGAGGUUCUGGGCCAGGAAAACACCUUUCUGCUGAGGCGUGUAACACCGGAGGAUGCCGGGGUCUACACAGUGUCUGAUUCUGAGACCAACAGGACCAUCAGCAUCGUCUCUCUACAAAUCUCAGGAGAGACUACAGGAGCAGUGCAUUGGAUCGUGUUGGUAGUGGUCGUUGGUUGUUUCGGCUGCGUGGUUUUUGGCCUUGUAGUCUGUAUGUACUGCAAUAACAGACGAAAGGCUAAUAGACGAAUGGCUGAACAGAGAAUCACAUACCAACCAGCCGCAGUGGAAGACCCUGCAGCAGCAGAACUACAGCAGCCUGAAGUCCCUGAGCCCUCUCUCUCCGUGACCGAGACCCAGCCUGCUGACCCCCAAAACCGUCCCCUCCUGUCCGAAACGGAUCCCACAGAACCCCAUCUCCCUGUGUCCGAAACGGAUCCCUCAGAACCCCAUCUCCCUGUUUCGGAAACGGAUCCCACAGAACCCCAUCUCCCUGUGUCUGAAACGGGGCUUUCAGACCGGACUGAAGUGCAGGAGAAGAAGAGGUGCAGGGGUCUCGGCCAUGGUUAAUGAACGACUGAGGCAGAGGGAGAGUGACAGAUGGACAGGAAUAGAGUGAGAGAGUGAGAGUGAUGCAUUAGAAUAACAUUUAAAAUGACAAAGCACGAGGAGUCCCGUGACAUGGUUGACGAGAAUGGCUGCGUAGGGAAGAGCUGCUCCCAUCCCCGCUUGUAACUUGCUUCAAAACUCGACAAAGAGCCCAAACCUAUUUUAAUUAUUUUGUUAAAAAGUAGAGUGCAAUAAUGCCAAAUAGCACUAGAAACAACGCAAACUCCUCUAAAUCUGGGGGGGAGAAGCCGAGCAAAGUGGCUAAUCUAGCUAACCAGAAGAAGCUAACAUUCCCUCGUGUCGAACCUAACGUUAACAUUGUUGAUGGCCAUGUUGAUAAAGUUGGUUCCUUCCCAAAAGAAGCGGCCGAAGAGCUCGCAAAAAUUAAUUCUAAUUCUAAUUCUAGAAAAGUCUGAGGCCCACGACAACAAACUAGAGGCUAUUCGGCUGACCACAAGUGCAACAGACGGCAAAUUAGCUGAUAUUGCCAACCGCAUUUCUCAAGUCGAAAGCCGUAUUGGCUUCCUGGAAGAGGCUAACGAGAGGCAGCAGGCAAUCCCCCCCGCUACAGAAGUGGAGGCUAUGGCCGCUAUCUCGCUGGAUGCCGAAAAGGCGUUUGACAGGGUGGAGUGGCAAUAUUUGUUCUCCACCCUGGUAUGUUUCGGGUUCAGUAAGAAGUUCAUAGAUUGGAUUAGACUAAUAUACAUCAUCCCAAGGCAUCUGUGUUUACUAAUGGUAUUGUGUCGUCUUCAUUUGAGCUGGGAAGGGGCACCGCUGGCAGUGGCUAUCUGUGGAGAACCUACAUUUCCGGGCAUACAGAUUGGUGACAAAUGUCACAAGCUAAUGUUAUAUGCGGAUGAUAUUCUUCUGUUGGUCUCAGAUCCGGAACGGUCCCUUUCUUCUUUAUUCAAAAUUAUUGAUAAGUUCUCAUCCAUCUCCGGUUACAAAGUGAACUGGAGAGUUUUGGUCUACUAUACAUACUAAUAUAGAAAAAAUGAUUGGCCUAGAGAUCCCUUUCUCCCCCAGGUUAUUCAUCUUGGGUGACCCUUCUACAUUAAGUGAUUUGAACGCAACAAUCACUGACUGGAUCCAGACAGCUAUUAUGUUAGGACGCAAACUCCUGGUCCGAGAAUGGAAAGCUUCCUCUGCACCAGAACCAGCAGUGUGGCAUAUGUCUCUUGGUCAUCUGGUGUUUGUUUUUGUUUUUUUUAUAUAUAUGUACACAAAUGUAUGUUAACACUAUUCUUUAAUACAUUUGUAAAUGUGUUGUAAAUACAAUUUUUUUUUUAAUCUAAACGCACACUAACAUCCAUCCAUCCAUCCAUCCAUUAUCUUAACCCGCUUACCCUGAACAGGGUCGCAGGGGGGCUGGAGCCUAUCCCAGCAUACAUUGGGCGAAAGGCAGGAAUACACCCUGGACAGGUCGCCAGUCCAUCACAGGGCACACACACCAUUCACUCACACACUCAUACCUAUGGGCAAUUUAGACUCUCCAAUCAGCCUAACAUGCAUGUCUUUGGACUGUGGGAGGAAACCGGAGUACCCGGAGGAAACCCACGCAGACACGGGGAGAACAUGCAAACUCCGCACAGAGAGGCCCCGGCCGACGGGGAUUCGAACCCAGGACCUCCUUGCUGUGAGGCGGCAGUGCUACCCACUGCACCAUCCGUGCCGCCGCACACUAACAAAAAAAAUAUAUUUUUCAAUAUAUAUUUUUUGUUAAUGACAAUAUAAUCUCCACAAAGUGCCUGACAUUUUUCAGGAAUUUUCUUAUUUUUUUUAACUGGG